AUGAAAAUUGAAGAAGUCAAAAGUACAACUAAAUCUCAACGAAUAUCAGCACAUAGUCAUGUCAAAGGACUGGGCCUGGACGCUGAACAACGAGCAAUUCGAAAUGCCGGUGGUCUCGUUGGACAAGAACAAGCACGAGAAGCAGCAGGUAUUGUAGUGGAAUUGAUCCGCCGAAAGAAAAUGGCGGGCAGAGCUGUCUUACUUGCUGGCCCACCUGGAACAGGAAAAACUGCUCUUGCCUUAGCUAUUGCUCAUGAACUUGGCUCACGUGUACCAUUUUGUCCUAUGGUUGGUAGUGAAGUAUACUCAACAGAGAUUAAAAAGACCGAAGUGCUAAUGGAAAACUUUCGCCGUGCUAUUGGCUUACGCAUAAAAGAAGUCAAAGAAGUUUAUGAAGGUGAAGUAACUGAAAUGACACCAACAGAAACAGAGAGUAGCUAUGGCGGUUAUGGUAAAACCAUCAGUCAUGUUGUUAUUGGUUUACGAACAGUUAAAGGUACAAAGCAAUUGAAACUCGAUCCAUCGAUCUAUGAAACAUUGCAAAAGGAAAAGGUUGAAGUUGGCGAUGUUAUCUACAUCGAAGCCAAUUCGGGCGGUGUCAAACGACAAGGUCGUUGUGAUACUUAUGCAACUGAGUAUGACCUGGAAACUGAAGAAUAUGUUCCGUUACCAAAAGGUGAUGUACACAAGAAGAAAGAAGUUGUUCAAGAUGUUACUUUGCAUGAUUUGGACGUUGCCAAUGCUCGACCACAAGCAGGAUCAGAUAUUUUGUCAAUUAUGGGCUCAUUGAUCAAACAAAAAAAGACUGAGAUUACUGAUAAACUUCGUCGAGAAAUCAACAAAGUUGUGAAUAAAUACAUCGAUCAAGGUAUUGCUGAACUUGUUCCAGGUGUUUUAUUUAUCGACGAGGUACACAUGUUGGACAUUGAAUGUUUUACUUACCUCCAUCGAGCAUUGGAAAGUCCACUAGCACCCAUUGUCAUCUUUGCCACUAAUCGAGGACGAUGUUUAAUACGUGGAACAGAAAUUCUCUCUCCACAUGGUAUGCCGCUCGAUUUGCUCGACCGCAUCAUGAUUAUUCGAACGCUCCCGUAUGGAAUGGAAGAUAUGAUUGAAAUUCUUCGGAUACGUGCAAAAGUCGAGCACAUCGAUAUAGCCGAUGACUCCUUACAAGCACUUGCUGAAAUUGGAAAUGUCUCAACUUUACGAUAUGCCGUUCAACUGAUGACACCAGCGAAUAUCCUUGCUCGCAUCAAUGGCAAAGAACAAAUCGAAAAAGAAGAAAUCGACGAAGUCCGAGACUUGUUUCUCGAUGCCAAAUCAUCUGCACAUUUACUUAAACAAGAAGAUGCGAAAUAUAUGAAAUAA